AUGGGUGAAACACACGACCAUCCUGCGCACGCGCAGUCCUCGCCCGAUGUGGAGGAGGAUAUGAGUGUCGGUCAAUACAUCGCGACGCGCAUCCCAUCGCUGGUGCCGCCGAUGAACCCGGCCCCGAAUCCGUUCAAGGCCCUGACUCUGUUGAACCGACAACAAUGGAUGUUCUUCCUGGUCGCCUUCUGUGGCUGGUCCUGGGAUGCCUUUGACUUCUUCACCGUCUCCUUGACCACCACUCAGCUCGCCGAGACCUUUGACGUAUCUAUCACAGACAUCACCUGGGGUAUCACCCUAGUGCUGAUGCUCCGAUCCGUCGGUGCCAUCACCUUCGGUAUUGCCUCGGAUCGCUACGGCCGGAAAUGGCCCUUCGUCGUCAACCAGCUGCUUUUCGUCGUGAUCGAGCUGGGCUGUGGUUUCUGCCAGACGUACAAGCAGUUCCUGGCCUGCCGUGCCCUCUUCGGUAUCGCCAUGGGCGGUCUGUACGGUAACGCUGCCGCGACUGCCCUCGAGGACUGCCCUCCCGAGGCUCGCGGUAUCGUCUCUGGUCUGCUGCAGCAGGGUUAUGCGUUUGGGUAUCUGCUCGCGACCGCGUUCGCGCGUGGUCUGGUCGAUACUACCUCCCACGGCUGGCGCCCACUGUACUGGUUCGCCGCGUGCCCUCCCAUCUUGAUCAUUGCGUUCCGUCUGUGUCUCCCGGAGACGGAGACGUUCCGUCGUCGUCAGGAGGCGCGUGCCGAGAUGCGUGGUGGUGUUGCGGCAUCCUUUGUCUCAGAGGGUAAGGUUGCGCUCAAGCGGCACUGGCUGCUGCUGGUCUACCUUGUUCUGUUGAUGGCCGGUUUCAACUUCAUGUCCCACGGCUCCCAAGAUCUCUACCCCACCAUGCUCAGCAACCAAUUCAAACUCUCCAAGAACGGCGUCACAAUCACCCAAGUCGUCGCCAACCUCGGCGCCCUCACCGGCGGCACCCUCUGCGGCUGGGCCAGUCAAAUCUUCGGCCGCCGCUUCUCCAUAAUCAUCAUCUGCAUCGUCGGCGGCGCCCUCCUCUACCCCUACACCUUCGUCAAAAACGAAACCGUCAUGGCCGCCGCCUUCUUCGAGCAGUUCAUGGUACAAGGCGCCUGGGGCGUAAUCCCCAUUCACCUCAUGGAACUCUCGCCCGGUUCCAUCCGCACCUUUGUCGUCGGUACCGCCUACCAGCUGGGUAACCUGGUCUCCUCGGCGAGUUCGACCAUCGAGUCGACUAUCGGCGAGCGCUUCCCGCUGCCGCCGACCAAGGCGGCGCCCCACCGCUACGAUUACGGCAAGGUCAUUUGCAUUUUCAUGGGGUGCGUCUUUGCGUAUACGAUUCUGUUGACGCUCGCUGGUCCUGAGCGUCUGGGUCGGAACUUUGAUGCGGAACAUGAUGCCGAUUUGGCUGUUGUCGCGGCUGAUCGCGGGUAUGAGAGUGAUCCUGAGAAGGCGACUGCUGUGCAGCGGGAGUGA